AUGGCGACAUCACCGAGCCGGAGGCUCAUCGGCCUCUCAACCAAGAUGUAUUUCCCGCUCCAACGCACGCUGGACUUCGUCGCCGCCGUCCAGACCGAACUCAAGGCCCUCCCGCCCCACGCCCUCGACAACGUCGACCUCUUCAUCAUCCCCGAUUUCGUCUCCAUCCACCCGGUCAACGAAGCCCUCAAGUCCUCGCCGGUCCCCAUCCGGCUCGGGGCGCAGGACUGCCACUGGGACGACUUCGGCGCCUUUACCGGGGAAGUCAGCCCAGCCGUGCUAAGCGAGACAGGGGUCACAAUCGUCGAGGUUGGCCACGCCGAGAGACGGAGGCUGUUUGGCGAGACCGACGAGGUCGUGGCGAAGAAGGCCGCCGCAGCAAGUCGGAACGGCAUGACCCCCCUGAUCUGCAUCGGCGAAAAGACCAAAAGGGACUUGGACGUCGCGUUGAGCGAGUGCAAGGCCCAGAUCGACCAGUCGCUGGCCGACGUCCCCGACUCCGCCGAGGUCAUUGUCGCGUACGAGCCCGUGUGGGCCAUCGGCGCGAGCCAGCCGGCCAGCGAGGAUCACGUCAUCCAGGUGGUGAAGGGUAUCAGGGCCUUUGAAAGCGUCAAGAGGAGGACAGGCACGACGAGGGUGAUUUACGGCGGCAGCGCAGGGCCCGGUUUGUUUGAGAGAUUGGGUGAGGCUGUCGAUGGGCUUUUCCUGGGGAGGUUUGGGCAUGAUGUGCCGCGCUUCCUCAAGACGGUGUCAGAAGUGGCUGCAUUUCAGAAAGCCUGA